AUGCAGUGUCCGAUCUUUGGGCUCGAUCUCAUCAAACGCCUCAACUGUCUCAACCGCCUUCUCAGACUCAAGGAUACGCAAGCACGCAACAGCAACUCCUCCAAGCCCAACAUCUUCGACUACGCUAUCAUUCGCAGAACAAGCCCACCAACUACAUCGCCAGCCACGCCUUCGGGAAGCGGCACGCCACCAAGUUCAUCUCGAUCAACGACACCUUACCAGACAGAGCGCAGAACCAGACAGAGCGCAGAACGGCACGCUAGCGACCCGCACGGCACACGUCACACACCGCAAACAUCUGCUUACCGCUCCGUAACACACAAGUACUGCGGCCGAUCGGCUCAUCCAGCGGCGAAGCACAGCCACCUCCCAGAGUGGCGAACUAGUGGCAAUCUCUUCCAGCCACCGAAGAUCAGUCUUCGAGAUAUCAAGUGGAACACAGCUUCGGUACCGAGCCUCCACCGCACAACCAACGCUUCCAUCAGCGAGCAUCAGCCACUCCCUCAAUCUACACAGCUUGGUCUAGGACUGCAAGGUCAGCAGCGGCUCUUAAGAGUGCAUAUCAACUCGUCAACGGACAUCGACCAGUCAACACCCCAAGUCCAGUCCGUCGUCCUCGACUCCCACCCAUCAGACCCAUCAACACUCCUCACACUUGAGCUCGCAACCCUCGAGGCUCACGCCAACACCCCCCUCGCAGCACACAACCAUGGACCCCAUCACGCUCUGCACAGCCGCAGGCCUCAGCAUCGUGCUGCAGGAACCCCAGCCGCCGACACCCAAGACGCCCGAGACGGACCUGAGCCAGCUCCUCGCGCAGUUGGACGAGCUGAAGGUGACUCUCGACAAGAGCUCGACAUAGCGAGCCCGUCUGCGGUGGCGCGCCGUGACCGCAAAGCAUCGUCAGGUCGAAUGGGACGGAUGGCUGGACCAACUGUCCCUAUAACUUGA